AUGAUAAAAUAAGCAGAUCAAACCCCAGAAGAGGCAAUAUAUGAAACAGAGACGGAGGAGAAUAAUCAGAAAUCUUAAAAUCUCGACUCAGAUACUAGUUAAUCAUCAGAUAGCUCUAAUGACGACGACUCUGUAACUAAUUCAUAAGAAGAACCGACUAUGUCACCUAUUAAAGAUGAAAAAGAAUGCUUUCCCUAUCAGGGAGACUAAAGUUAAUCCGAAAUAAGUUCAUUAGGUUUGAAUGAUAAUCAAAAAAAAGGUAGUGGAUAAAAUGUUGACUAACCAACAAGUUAAGGGCAAAAGAUAGAAUCUACAACUAUUAAAACGAGUACCACAAAAUUUGUCAAACUUACAUCACAAGCGUCUUUUAAUUAGGACUCAAAUGGUGAAAUUAUGCACAAAAAUAGCCAAAAUAAAAAAGAUGAUCUUAUUAUAUACUUCGGUGAUCAAGAUCAAUAAGCUCUUAAUCUAAAUAAAAAGCUUUAGAACAAAGUCAGGACUCAGCUUUACUCGAGUAGCCAACAUUUAUUUUCUGAUUAUAUCAAUCUUAACCUGUUUUCCAUUUUCUCCAAAAGAUCCUUCGUCUAUGAUAGGAACAUUUUUGAUUACUAAAGAUAUAAAUAAGACAAAGAAGUAAAUAAUAAAAUUUCUUUGGUGCUAAAUCCUCAAACUUUGAAAUUUGAAAGCAAGAAAUGGGAGGAUGUAGAAGUUGGUAAUAUAGUAAAAUUUUUAAAGGAUCAAGAGGCUCCUGCAGAUAUAGCUGUAAUAAUUAGUUCUAGUAAGUCAGGGGUAGUUAAUGUGGAUACAAUGAAUUUAGAUGGCGAAACUAAUCUUAAAGAAAAAUAAGCUUUGUUAGAAAAUAUAGAAGAAAAGGAUGUGCAAGUCUUGCAUGGAUAGUUGAAAUGUGACUAGCCGAACGAAAAUCUUGAUAAAUGGGAGGGUAAAUUUAAAUUUGAUUAUGGGGAGAUCAAAGCACCCUUAGCCUCUAUUAAAAAUUUGCUGCUGAGAGGUUGCUUUGUGAGAAAUACAGAUUUUGGAAUCGGCAUAAAUGGAUCUUAAAACUUGGCCGGCAGAUAUUUUCUUUAACUUAUAGUGUAUUGGGUUGCUUAUUCUCAUAUGAUACCUAUAAGUCUAUAUGUUAUAAUUGAAGUGCUGAAACUUGGAGUAGCUACUUUUAUCAGUAAAGAUCUGAUGAUGUUUGACAAAGAAACUGAUUGCUUUGCUAGAUGUAGAAAUUCAGAUUUAAUCGAAGAAUUAGGUAGAAAUUUUUGUAUGAUGACUAUUUAUGAUAGGCCAAGUAGAGAUGGUAUGGUGAUCUUUACAAAGAUGAGGUAUAACUUAGAGUUUUAAAUUAAUUAAUAGGAGGAAAAUAAAGAUGGAAUGGCAGUUUCAGGAAUUAAAGAAAUUAGAAAUUUUUUCAGAGAAGAAAUAGAUGAAAGAAAGUAGCUAGGUGAAAAGGCUACUUAUCCUUAUGUAACUGAAUUUCUCAUUAAUCUUGCACUUUGCAACACAGUCGUUUGUGAUCCGAAUAGAUCGAAAAAAGAAGAAUCAUAUAAAGCUUCUAGUCCUGAUGAAUUAGCACUUGUAAAAGCAGCUAAAAGUUUUGGAGUUUAACUAGUCUCUAGGUAGCAUAAUAAAAUUACUUUGUUCAAUAUGAUAUCAAGAGAGAUAUUUGAAUACAAACUAAUAGCUGAGUUCCCUUUUGAUUCUGUCAGAAAAAGAAUGUCAGUUAUAGUCAAAGACAGAAAGAAUAAGACAUACUCAAUUUUAUGCAAGGGUGCAGACUCAGUUAUGUUAAACAGAAUAUCAUAUGAGAAGAAUGGGAUAUAGGAUAUCAGAGAGAUAAUAGAAGAGGAUCUUUUUGAUUUUUCGAGUGAGGGAUUAAGAACAUUAAUGUUGACAAAGAGAACAAUUAACAGAGAGGAGUAUUAGAAUUUCAAAAAUAUCUAUCAAUAAAUCUAAGAAUCAAGCAGUUUCAACAAAGAAUAGAGAUUAGCUCAAUUAUAUGAGGCAAUGGAAUAGAAACUAAGAUAUAUUGGAUGUACAGCGAUAGAAGAUAAACUUUAGGAAGGUGUUCCGAUCACAAUUAAAAAGCUUUUAGAGGCAGAUAUAAGAUUUUUUAUGCUUACAGGAGAUAAAUUAGAAACAGCCAUUGAGAUCGCUAAAUCUUGUUAAGUCAUACAAGAUGAUAUGAAAGUUUAAAUUAUAGGUAAGCCUGUUAGAGAAAAAAUAUUAAAGAAACUAAAUAGGCUUAUUUCUAUAUUCAAUAUUGACCCUUCUUGGCCAGUGAAAUGUCUUCAAGAUAUCGCUCAAGAAAAUCAAGUAAUUACUGUAGAGGGUAGUUGCUUGACAUUAAUUUUAGAAGAUGAGAAACUUGCCCAUUUGUUUUUUCAUGUUGCAAUAAGAUCAAAAUCAGUAGUUUGUUGUAGAAUGUCUCCUAAAUAAAAAGCUGAUGUUGUAAAUCUGUUUAAAUCUAGGGGCAAGUGGAUUACUCUUGCUAUUGGCGAUGGUGCUAAUGAUGUUUCAAUGAUAAUGGAAGCUCAUAUUGGAGUAGGAAUCAGGGGAAAAGAGGGAACUCAAGCAGUUAGAUUGAUUCUUUUACAUGGAAGAAACGGCUAUUUGAGAGUUUCCUAGAUGAUUUGCUAUUACUUCUAUAAAAAUAUUGUCCUUGUCUUCACAGAGCUAUACUUUGCAUUUUACAAUGGCUUUUCAGGAUAAAUAUAUUUCUUAGAUUGGCUACCGAUGUUAUAUAAUGCAUUUUUUACAAGUUGGCAUUGCCUUUUUUCACAAUUUCUUGAAAAGGAUAUUAAUGAGCAUUACUCAUACUAAUAUCCAGUUAUAUAUAAAGUUGGUUAAUUAGGUCUAUAUUUUAACUUCAGAGUUUUUUGGAAAUGGAUAUUACUUUCAAUAUGGCAUGGCGUUACUGGUAUUACUUCUUCAACAACAGAUGAAAAUGGAUAGAGAAGUGAUCACUGGCUCCACUCAACCAUCAGCUUUACAAUAAUUAUUCAUCUGGUUUUCUAUAAGCUAUUGCUUGAAACGAGGCACUUCAACUUGAUAACGUUUUUUACAGGGGUCGGCAGUAUGAUGCUCUAUUAUGGAAUCUUACUUCUAUCUUAAAUAGCACCUAUUUCUUAUGUCUUCUAGCCAUAAAUCCUAGGAUUAGUCAAUAGGAUGGUUAUUUAUCCAUAAUAUUGGUUGAUGAUAAUUGCUGUGCCAUUUGUUUGUCUUAUUCCAGAUUUUUUCAUAAAACUAAUUUCUAAGAUAUUUUACCCAACACCGGUAGACAUUGUGCUCUUGGCAUAAAAAAAUGAUCCUUUAUUCGAUUUCGAUGAUACCCUAAGAGAUUUAGAUGAAAUACAAAUCGAGUAGAAGAUCAAGGUUCAAACAGAGCAAGAAUAAAGAAAAAAAAGUGUUCUAGAAAUCAAGAAAAAUACAUUGGAGUUAGGUUUGACAACUGAUCCAGUGUACUAAAAGUAGGCAUCUCAUGUUAAUUUGAGUCAUUUGAGAUCUUAGAGAAGUAGAGAGGAGAGCAAAAGACAGAAUUCAGCUUCUUCAAAGGGAAAAAAUUAUCCUGAUUUCGAUGAUGAGCUUGAUGUUUCGCAUAAAUAUAUAAAAGGCGAGUAUGAAAAGACUAUACCAGAAGUAGAUGAAGAUGAAAUAACUGAAAAUGAUGAUAGUAUAAGUUCAAGCAAUAGUAGUGACGACGAUAAUGAAACAAAACUUGGCAAAAAUAAAUAGAGUCAUGUCUAAAUUAAAAAUGAUGAGGAAAAAAACAAUGAUGAUUAAAAUAUUACAGAAAAUUAAAAAAGCCCUAUUGCGAGCAAAAGUAGCAGAUCGAUUGAUCAAAGUUUCAGAAGUAAUAGAGGACUCAUUAAGAAACAAUCUGGUAAAAACAUAUCAGAAAUAAGAGAUAGCAAGAGAAGCGAAAAGAAAACAUCAAUUGUUGUCAAGAAGUAAAUUAGCAAAUUAGAGUUAGAUUAGUAAUAAGUUCCAUCGGGAAGAUCGAGAAAAUCUAAAAAAGAUAAUAAUAUCAAUAGCUCUCUAUUCUCUGUUUCUGAUCAAUCAAGAAUGGAUCUCAUGAAUGAUAGAGAUGAUAAUAAAAGAAACGACGCUGAAUAUAUAGGAUAUUUUGAAGAUCUGAAUAAAGAAAUAGUAGAAAAGACCAAAAAUUAAAAAAAUUUUAAUAAAGAUUCGUCAAAAUAGGAAAAUAAUACCAUUCCUCUUGAACAAAGAAAGAGUAUUUCAGUGAAUGAAAAAUAGGUAAAAAAUUACAACAAGAAGAAGCAAAAAGAUCAAGAGAGAAGAAGCAAACGAUUGAGUCAGCAAGAGCUACCAGAAGAAGAUGAUAACUAAGUCAAAAAUUUACAAGAACAAAAAAUGCCUAAACCACUCAACUCGGUUAUCUUUGAUGACAAUAAUUAAAUCAAAACGUAAUUACAAGUUGAAUCGUUCCAUGCAUAAUAAGAUAGGCCUCAAACAUCGAUUCCCAUAAGCAAAGAUUCAUUCAGGAUGAUACUAGGCAAAAGAUCUCAGGAUUUGUUUAUGAUUAAUACCAAUUCUGAGAUCCCUAAGAGUAGGAUAGUUAAACCCCAAUCAAUUGUUGACAAAAUCUCAGUCAAAACAACUUUGAUUGAGGAUAAUAUAGUAUCAGUAUAAUAGCAGCAAAGACCAAUAUCAUACAUGCUUUAAGGACACCCAUUGGAGCAGAGUUGCAUUCCAAGUGUAUUCUCUGAAAAUGAAUCCAACAAGAGGAAAAAUACUAGCAGGAAGAAAGCAAAGAAGUACGUACAGAAGUAUAGUAAUAACUCAACAAACAACAACUCUAAUAACUUCAGUCACCUCCAUGAUUGA